AUGGCCCCUAAGGUUGUUUGGCAUCACCUGGUUUGGUUUCCCGGGCGUAUUCCUAAGCACAAUAUAAUCUUGUGGAUGACUAUCUUGGAUAGACUCCCUACCUGGGUGAGGCUGCUGCGGAUGGGAAUAAUCAUGGAAAAUGUUAAGUGCCUCUUUUGUGAUAUGGUGCCGGAGACUAGGAGCCAUAGUUUCUUCGAAUGUGAUUAUGCUAAAAAUAUUUGGAAGGCUAUUCUUUUACUUUGUGGUGUUAACCGCAGAGUAAGUCACUGGGAUGGUGAGCUAGCAUGGGCUACGCACUGCUUUAAGGGCAAAUCCCUCAUUGCAAGAGUGUUUAAGCUUGCGUUGACGAGUUACUUGUAUGUCAUCUGGAGAGAAAGAAACACAGGUUGUUUGGAGGAAUGGCUAGACCGAUGA